AUAGUUGACUUGAGCUGACUGGAGGAAGACUUUUCCAACCUCAUCCAUCGCCUCGUCUUCGUCUUCGUCUUCGUAGUCCCUCCAUCGCUCCUAUUAACAUCCAUAUCCAAUCCACAUACCCCUCCGCAAACCAAAUCCAUCCAAUCUAACAACUUUGACUGGCAAAUAGCCAUGCUCUCCCAAGCUCUUCUCCUCACCAUUCCCCUCUUCCUCAUCCUCCCCGCAACUCCGACCGUGGCCGACAAUUCUACUACUUACACCGCCGUCGAUUUCAUCCUCCUCAACUGCGGCGAGUCAUCUAACCUGAAGGACCUCAGCAACCGCCCCUGGGACGCCGACGUUGGUUCGAGGUACGCGCCACCCACCUCCGCCAGCGAAGACGGCAAAGCUGUCAGUCCGCCGUCGGAGGAUUUUGAUCCGGUCCCGUACGGAACCGCUAGGGUUUUCCGGUCUUCUUUUACCUAUUCCUUCCCGGUCUCGACCGGCCACAAAUUUAUCCGGCUUCACUUUAACCCGAGCACCUACGCCGGCCAAAACACCUCCCUCUCCUUCUUCUCCGUCACCGCCAACAACUUCACCUUGUUGAGCAAUUUCAGCGCUUUUCUCGCUUAUCUGUCUCGUGAACCAAGCUCCAAUGAAGUUUCCGUUCGGAAAGAAUUCAUCAUUAAUGUCCAAGGAAACCAGAAAAUUGAGCUCACCUUUACUCCCAGCCCAGGCUCGUCUGCGUUCGUCAACGGAAUUGAGAUUGUUUCACUUCCCGAUGAUCUCUACUUUCGACAAAGGCCGAUUAGACUUGUUGCCAUUAACAACCAACCGUAUGAGCUCUCAAACGACACUGCUCUGGAGACACUUUACAGGUUAAAUGUCGGCGGCCAAGAUGUUCCGAUCGGAGAUGAUAGCGGGCCUGUCAAAGGGAUGUUCCGCCGAUGGGUACCGGACAAUGAUUACCUUUAUGGAGGAAAUUUUGGUUACUGGCCUGCCGACGAGAGCCAUGCUAUAAACUAUUCCGACCAAACGCCGCCGUACACAGCCCCGAAAAUUGUGUACAGGACUUCGAGAGUGAUGGCAAAUCAUACCAAGAAUCUGAUGUGGACAUUUCCUGUUGAUUCUGGGUUUUAUUACCUCCUCAGGCUUCAUUUCUGCGAGAUUCAGCUGGAAGUCACCAAUCAGAACCAGAGAGUUUUCACUGUUCAGAUAAAUAAUCUGACGGCGGAAUACGAGGCUGACAUUAUCUUUUGGACCGGCGGCGUUGGAAAUCCGAUUUACAAAGACUACGUGACCUGGGUUGCCGACAAUGGCCGUCGUGGAAAGAUAGACUUGCCGCUCAAUCUCUUUCCUAAUAAUCAGGGAUCACCAGUGUAUUCCAGUGUUCUGUUGAAUGGCUUGGAGAUCUUUAAACUUAGCAACGACAAUCGGAGCCUUGCUGCACCAAAUCCCGAUCCUCCGCCGCCGCCACCUAUGACUACCGAUUUUCCUACAGGGAAGAAGGGAAAGGACAAAUCUUCUGUAAUUUACGCAGUGCUAGGAAGCGGGAUUGGCGUUUUGGUAGUAGUCGCAGCGGUGAGUUUUCUAAUUUUCCGUCGCCGGAAAAAAGUGAAAGUUGCAGGCAGUGAUAAGUCGUCGUGGAUGCCCCUCGGGACGGCGUCGAGGACCACCACACGCACUAGCGGAUCCGGCGUAUCUCUGCCGUCAGAUUUAUGCCGACAUUUCACACUCAACGAGAUCAUCGCCGCCACCGACAAUUUCGACGACAGUUUAAUGAUCGGAAAAGGAGGCUUCGGCAACGUGUACAAAGGCUUCAUCAACGACGGCGGCGCCCCCACCGUCGCCGUCAAACGCCUCAACGUCUCCUCCAACCAAGGCGCUCGCGAGUUCUUCACGGAGAUCGAAAUGUUGUCCAAACUCCGACACCUCCACUUAGUCUCCCUCAUCGGCUACUGCUACGACGGCGGCGAGAUGAUCCUCGUCUACGACUACAUGGCUCACGGCACUCUCCGCGACCACCUCUGCAAUCCCCAAAAUCCGCCAUUAAAAUGGAGCGACCGCCUCCAGAUCUGCCUCGGCGCCGCCAAAGGCCUCCAUUACCUCCACACCGGCGUCAAGCACGCCAUCAUCCACCGCGACGUCAAGACCACCAACAUCCUGCUCGACGAAAAAUGGGUGGCUAAAAUGUCAGACUUCGGCCUGUCCAAAGUCGGCCCGACCGACGCUGCCAACACACACGUCAGCACCGCCGUGAAAGGCAGCAUCGGCUACGUCGACCCGGAGUACUACAAAACCCAGCAGCUAACGGACAAGUCCGACGUCUACUCCUUCGGCGUCGUAUUAUUCGAAGUCCUAUGCGGUCGGCCGGCGCUGCUCCAGAACAUGCCGCGGGAUAAAAUGAACCUAGCGGAAUGGGCGAAAUCGAAUCACCGGCGAGGGACCGUCGAUCAGAUCGUUGAUCCCAAUCUGGAAGGGCAGAUCGCGCCGGAGUGCCUGAACAAUUUCGUGGAAACGGCGAUCGCGUGUCUUAAGGACAGAGGGUUCGAGCGGCCGACUAUGAGCGAUGUUGUCUGGAGCCUCGAGUUCACAUUGCAACUGCAAGAGGAGGCGGAGGAUGGCGCCGGCGGCGGCCAUGGCUUCGUCUCGCCAUCUUCGGAUUGCCCGUUGAUCAGGCAGCAGAAACAGAAAGACCCGAACAAUACUACCGACGACGAAGAACUAUUUUCCGGCACCAGCAGCAGCGCAAUGACGUGGUCGAAGAGCAGCGGUUUACCGUCGGGUGACAGCAGUGAAAAAAUGAACUCUAACGAUGUUUUUUCGGAAAUCAAGAACCCCACUAGCCGUUGAGGCUUUGGUGAAAAAUGCUACCGAUAAACUAUACUAUACAGGCUUGGUUUUAAUUUGGAUCUGAUCAUUUGAUUUGAGAUUCUGUAUAAUUUUGUUACAGAAAUUAUAAAUAUUUUGACUUUUUUAUUUGAAAUUAAAACUAAAUAAUUUGAUGUGAUUAUUUUUAAUGGUCAUCAUCCCUUACGGGAUUAUAAAAAUAAUAGUGCAAGUUUGUCUAUA